AUGAGUCUGGAUCGUCAGGAAUCGGUUCGUCACGAUGAAUCGAAGACUUCAAGGGACAAUACCUUGGCCAAGUUAACCCAGUUGCCACCGAGUUCGGCUUCGAUCAAGGAAGCGUCUUCGGGAAAUAGCAGCAAAUUUGUUGGUAAACUCAAGGGCAGAAUCGCGGAACCUGUCGUGGCAGCUUUCGUUGCUGGGGGCGUAGCAGGUGCGGUAUCCAGAACCAUCGUGUCGCCACUUGAACGUCUAAAAAUCCUGCUUCAAAUACAAAGUGUUGGCAGGGAAGAGUAUAGGCUAUCUAUAUGGAAGGCUCUUGUAAAGAUCGGCAAAGAGGAGGGAUGGAGAGGGUUUAUGCGGGGCAAUGGUACCAAUUGCAUUCGAAUAAUCCCUUAUUCUGCGGUUCAAUUUGGAAGUUACAAUUUUUACAAAAGGUUUGCAGAACCAACUCCAGAUGCUGAGUUGUCACCAGUACGCCGGCUCAUUUGCGGAGGCGCUGCUGGAAUUACCUCAGUCACUAUAACUUAUCCUCUUGACAUUGUUCGGACACGUCUUUCUAUUCAAUCAGCGUCGUUCGCAGCCCUCGGUCAGCGCGAUGGCAGCGGGAAGCUACCGGGCAUGUUCGGCACCAUGGUCUUAAUGUACAAGACCGAGGGUGGUAUCUUAGCGCUCUAUCGCGGAAUCAUCCCUACCGUGGCUGGUGUCGCCCCAUAUGUUGGUUUGAAUUUCAUGACAUACGAAUCGGUUCGAAAGUAUUUGACUCCCGACGGUGACAAGACUCCUAGUUCGCUGCGUAAAUUGCUAGCGGGCGCUAUUUCAGGAGCAGUGGCUCAAACAUGUACUUAUCCAUUUGAUGUUCUACGGCGGCGUUUCCAAAUUAAUACAAUGUCUGGAAUGGGCUAUCAGUAUGCAUCCGUCUGGGACGCCGUGAAAGUCAUUGUUGCAGAAGAGGGAACGCGUGGUCUUUUCAAAGGAAUUGUCCCCAAUCUUCUGAAAGUGGCACCGAGCAUGGCGAGUAGUUGGCUCAGCUUUGAGCUAACGAGGGACUUUCUUGUCCAGCUGAAUGACAAAUGA